GUAGCGGGCCGUAGGCGUGUGGCUGCCGUGGGGGACAAAGCUCCCUGCUGUGGGCGCCUCGGGCUGUUAGUGUGCAUAGCCUGCGCUUGGGGCGGUUGUGCCCUUCACUGGAGAGAGAAAGACCUGCUGGGCACGAACCAGUGAUUAUACAGCUCAGUUAGCAGGAAUGGCAGCUUGCAGCGAGGGCGUCUUCAUUCCUGAAACACAGGCCUCAGAGCUGCAAUGGGCUACUUUUGCCAGAGCCUGGUACCUCCUCGAUGCAAGGAUGCAGCCACCAGGAAAAUUAGCAGCUGUAACUGCAAUGAGACUUGAAGGCAGGCAUAAACCUAUUUAUCAUGCCUUAAGUGACUGUGGGGAUCAUGUUGUCAUAAUAAACACAAGACAUAUUGCCUUCUCUGGUAACAAAUGGGAACAGAAAGUAUAUUCCUCACAUACUGGCUAUCCUGGUGGUUUCAAACAAGUGACAGCAACUCAGCUACAUCUGAAGGAUCCAACUGCUAUUGUUAAACUGGCUGUUUACAGAAUGCUUCCAAAAAACCUUCAGAGAAGAACUCUGAUGCAGAGGCUGCACCUGUUCCCAGAUGAUGUUAUUCCAGAAGAUAUACAGAACAAUCUUCUACAAGAGAUUCCUCAGCCACGUGUAGUCCCCAAGAGGUUAGAUGAAUAUACUCCUGAAGAAAUUGCUGCCUUUCCGAAGGUUUGGACUCCACCUAAAGAUUUUCGAAGGAAGUGAUGACAAGAAGUGGCAUCAGGACAGAAGUUCUUCUAACCUGGAAGCAUCUGAGCAUCUGCAUCAGCCUUUCUGGUCAAAACGUUUCUGAUAGGCGGUAGCGAACGAUGGGAAGUUUAUAACUGUUUUUGCAUUCGAAACAGCUAAGACGAGAUGUUGUUAAUGCCACAGGGUUUGGUAGCUGUUAAUUACCUUUGGGUUUAAUGCUGGUAGUAAAGUAUCAGUAAGUUUUUAAUGAA